UCGUGCUCUGUGAGCGGACUGAGUACCAUUAAAUGUUGUAUAGAUCUACUCUUAAAUCUACUGCAGGAAGUGGCAUUUAACGCUUUACAGUUAGUGGGUAUUCCUUUAAAUAAUUAAAACACCCUGUUAGGAGAAAAUAUAUAUAGACGAGGGGUAUUUAUUAUGCAGUGGAUAUUUCCUUCAUUUAAAUAAUCGUUGACAUUUCCGAGAAGAGACGAUACUUUAGGACCUGCACCGUCCUACAGAGACAGAAGAGAAAAACAUUUACCGACAGUCUUCGGUCAAGUGAAAGUAGGACAUAUCACUGACAGUUUACUUCCAGUCUGAGACGAAGGCCAGUCCAUAAUGAAAAGUGUCAAGGUUGUAGUGGUGGGAGCUGGUGUGAUCGGAUUCUCCACUGCUGUCUGCAUCGCUGAGGCUCUUCCUUUUUGCUCCGUUACUCUUCUGGCUGAGAAGUUCAGCCCGGAUACAACCAGUGAUGGAGCCGCUGGGCUCCUGUUUGCCGCAAAGUUUCCAGAUAUUCCCUUGGAAAGACAAAGACGCUGGUUUAAGGACAGCUUUGAUCACCUGUUGGCCAUUGCUCAAUCACAACACUCACCGGAGGCUGGAGUAAUGCUGAGCUCUGGCUGGCAAAUCUUCAAAGAGGAGCCCGCAGAUAAGAAGCCCUUCUGGUCAGACUUUGUGAUCGGCUUUCGACCCAUGACUGACCGCGAGCUGAAUCAGUUCCCAGAUCGCAAGUUUGGCCAGGCCUUCACCACCAUAAAGUGUGAAUGCUCGAGCUACCUGCUGUGGCUCGAGAAGAGAUUUAGAAAAGCUGGAGGCCAAGUCCAACAAAGGAAACUCAACAGCCUUCAGGAAUUAAGCAACAGCUAUGACAUCAUCGUCAACUGCUCUGGUUUGGGCUCCAAACUGCUGGUGGGAGACACCCAGGUAUACCCAGUCAGAGGGCAAGUCCUCAAGGUGGAGGCACCGUGGCUGCAGCACUUCAUCAGAGAUGGAGACGGAAUGACCUACAUCUACCCCGGCAUACACAGCGUCACUGUAGGCGGCACAAGGCAGGAGGGGGACUGGCGACUACAGGUGGACGAAGGAGACACAAAGAGCAUCCUGGAGCGCUGCAGCAGGCUGGUGCCGUCACUCAGCAAAGCCAAGGUUCUCAGCGCGUGGGUCGGUCUGAGGCCGAGCAGGAGGAAUCCAAGGGUGGAGAGGGAGCUGGUGCAGCUGCAGGGCCACCGAGUGCCUGUGGUCCAUAACUAUGGCCACGGGGCUUGGGGAGUUACGCUCGCCUGGGGUACUGCUCUGGACGCGCUGGGGCUGGUCAAACAGUGCCUGCAUGAAAUGCCUCUACAAGCUAAACUGUGAACAAAUUCUGCCACUAAAUUCAGUGCUGAUAACACUCGUCUUUAAAUAAUAAGAGAGAGACAAUUGCAGGGAGAUGGGAAUCACUGAUAUACAACAUAUCAACUACUGAAAAGUUACUAAAUGCAUUAAUGUAGGGAUUUCUUGUAGCUUUCCAUUUGUGUAUAUAGAAACAAUUAUUUUAAUUUCAUUAUUAAUUUAAUUCUAAUUUAAUUUACUGCUAACAGUGGUGAACAAUUCUAUGGAUGGCUUUAUCAUAAAAACAGAUUUCUUUUAAAGAUUAUACAAUGCAGUGCCAGUAACAGUUGCCUUUGAGUGCAGAGAUCUACUGUCAGAAAGAUAAGCUUCAUUCAGAGAAAUAAGAAUUUAUUUAUGUGAGAGUAGAAGGGUGAUUAACAGUCUUGUUAGCAUUUUUACAAUUUAUAUUAUCAAAGAAAACUUCACUGAUUAAAUUAAUUAAAUGAAAAAUACUGUACAUAAAUAACUGAUAUGAAACAAACAAAAAACAAAUGCAUAUCCGUGGGAACAUUGUUCAACUGCUAAACUUUCUGUCAACAGUUUACAUAAAAUGGGGUUAACAAAAUAUGAAAUUUGUACCUGUGCAUCACAAAAUGCUGAUUGUUUACACUGACUGCAGGUAGAUUGAAUUAAAAAAAAUCUCUUUAAUGCCAA